CCAGACUCGAUUCCAGUUCGAGACCCAGUCCAAGACUCAGUCUGGAUUCCACUCUCCAGCGCUUAAAGCUCUUAAGACUUUAACGCGACUUUAAUAUAUAGCAGAGCAUACAGAUAUAUAGUACUGCCGCGCAUCGUCAUCUUUCCAUCUUUCCCGGAAGAGUCUGCGGCGUAACAACUGCUUCCGAAAUUGUAAAUUCACAAUGCGGCGCACAUCUCGAUUGAUUCCGUUCAGUUUCGUCAUCCUGCUCCUGGGGCUCCUCCUCCUCAUCCUUCAGGUGCCAUCAACAUUCGGCCACACACUGGGGUCCAGCUGCCAGACGCCCGAGAAGAGCGAGGGCCGCUGUGUGCACUUCAGCUCCUGCCGCCUCGUCCUGCGGCACUAUGCGAUGUACAAGGAGCACAUGCCGCCGGUGAUAAUGCGAUUCCUGCAGAGGGCUCGCUGCAAGCCCAAAAACGAAGGCUAUCAUUUGUGCUGCGAACUCAAAGAUGUGAUUCCGGCGAACGCCAACUCCAAGCUGAAGUAAAUCAACUUCAAAGUGCGUCGUCAUGUGUUUGGUGCGUGUGGGCUUUGAUCUGCUAAGUCUAAAAUCAGUUGGUAGCUUUUUGUUUGGGCCCAUAACCGAAAUGUUAUGGCCGGGGCCACAUCGCAUCGCCUGUAAUUAUAAUGUGUACACGAAUUAUGUAUUAAGUGCGCCUGCUUCUCCGUCUCGCCAGGCAACAGAUGCUGAGACAUAAUAAAAAUAAAAAGUUUAGCCUCAA